CAGUUGGUAACUCUUUAUUUCAUCGUUUACUCUUUUUCUCUUUCGCAAGAAUAGUAGGCUUCGCUAUUCUUCUUCUUGAUAAUAUUGUUUGCUGUUUCGGUUCGCGUGUUAAGAUAAAAAAUAAAAGUAAAAUGGAUGAAUUGGAAGAAAUUUUAAUAAAAUUGAAUGGCGAAAUGUUCCUUAGCCUCUUUCGCGAGGGCGGUUUUACUAGGGAAUCAAUGAUGCUGCUCAAACCAAGUCAUUUGGAUACCCUCAUCGAUGCGGCGCAAUUUGGACCAAGGAUAAUAUUUGAGCAUAAUCUUCUUAAUUGGCAAACCGAACAGGGCGUUCAUGUGCAAACAGCUCAAAGUGACGAGGGCGCAUCAUUCGCAAAUGCAAGUAUUGCAGAGGUAGAACUUAUUUAUAAACACAAACACAAAACACUCGAAGAAAUUUUAAGGGGAUCGGUUAGUGGAAGUCAAGUUUUGAAGUACUACAGUAAGACAAAAGUUCUUACGCCAAAAUACAGAAAAUUGCUUGCAGCAACAAUCGCAAACUAUUUGAUUUCUUCCGGAGUAAACUCGAGCCCAAAAACAUUUGAAUCGUUCGCCAGCCAGAUAUCGAAUUUCUUUUUAAGUGAGUCGAAGGACAUAUAUUACAUACAUAAAAAGGGGAAAAAACCAGGCGGAUGUUUAUACACUAAAUACCACAGCACUUUAUUCAAAUGUAGACAGGACGGCAUUAUAAAUAAAAAGCCCGCCGAAGAGAAGCCGCAAAAAGCAGCACAUAGCAAUUUAUGUACGACAGACUACACUCAAGAAAAAUCGUGGCUUAAGUAUAACGUCGAGCCUUUUGAUGAAGUGCAAAUCAAAUGGGAAUUGACUUUUGAAGUAAGGUGCCAAAUGCUGCAAGAUGAUUCAAAUCUAAAUAAAAUUUUAGAAGAAUGGCCCCUAUAUAAGCAGAGUUUUGGACAUUUAUUGAUUGAGACGGACUUUAACAAAUUGUACCCAGAGAAGAAAAAUUUAUUAUUCGAAAAGUGGGAAAAUUUCAGCCAAGCAGUACGCCAUAUUUUUGAGAUUUAUAUUAAAGAUUCACACAGUUUGACAACCUGGAAGCAAUUUAAGGAAGGAACGAUUAAAGCUGAAGGUACGGAUGCGGUCACAUGCUAUCUUCUACAUUCUGUUUUAGUUCCAACCAGCCGAGAAUACAAAACGUGCAAGCAAACAAAAAAGCAACAUUUGGUCAAAGCCACUAUUGAAGAUUCCAGAAACAGUUUUUUAAUAUGGGCAACAACUAAUUGUGAACUUCAAUCAAAACUGAAAUUAAUGGUUGAUGAGAAUUAUAAGGGCAAAAGCACCAUUCAGCCCAUCAUAUGUGCUAUUGGAAUGAGCUUGUUUGAGAGCAACGAAUAUUUCGUGUACUUCGCCAACAUAUUUUAUAAGUUCGAUAAUGUUAUCAAAUGUAUUGAUGUGUGUUUUAAGAUAUUCCACGUACUUAAUCUUAAAUAUCCUUCCGAAUGCAAAUCUAUUUGGUUUUUUGUCCAGCAAUACUUUUAUGACAUUGCUUUGGAAUCACACGAGAAAAGUACCUCAUUGUGUGCAAUAUUAAGUGAUUUAAAACAAUUUAAAUGUUUUAAUAAUAACUAAAAAUGGAAGGACAAAUUAAAUGUUUUGUGUGCACACAAUCUUUUGAACAAUGCGAUCGUUUAUUUAAACAUUUCAAAAUUAUUCAUUGUUU